UGUGUGUGUGUGCACUCGUGCAUUUCUCUCUGACCACAGGUAGUACUCACAUUACCCUGCUUGUACUGUUCUCUGUUGCAGACAGUCUGACCAACCAGCCACAGAACUGGAAUUUCCCAGGAGCACGAGGAGCCUGGAAUUUGGACUUUCCUGAGCAACUGAAGUGGAACGUGGACCAGGAGAGCCCCAUGGCUGGUGAACAAGGGGGCAAGAAUGGCAGUAAGCCCUUGGGGCCAGGAGGCUAUCCUGAUACUAGGCUACUUUCAAACCCAUUGAUGGGAGAUGUUGUGUCUGAUUGGUCUCCUAUGCAUGAAGCUGCAAUCCAUGGACGUGUGCUGUCUCUGAGGAACCUCAUCAGCCAGGGGUGGCCUGUGAACCUCACCACAGCAGAUCGUGUGUCUCCACUCCAUGAAGCCUGUCUUGGAGGUCAUCUGCCUUGUGCAAGUAUUUUAAUAAAGCAUGGAGCUGAGGUGAAUGGCAUGACUACAGACUGGCAUACUCCCUUAUUUAAUGCUUGUAUCAGUGGCAGCCAGGACUGUGUGAAUUUGCUUCUGCAGCAUGGAGCCAGCCCCCAUCCUGAGAGUGAUCUUGCAUCACCCAUCCAUGAGGCUGCUAAGAGAGGACAUGCGGAGUGCAUUGAGACCCUUGCAGCUCAUGGGGGCGACAUUGACCGUAACAUCAGCCACCUGGGCACGCCCCUCUAUUUGGCUUGUGAAAACCAGCAGAUAGCCUGUGUCAAGAAGCUUCUGGAGUCAGGAGCAGGUGUGAACAAAGGCAAAGGUCUGGAUUCCCCUCUCCACGUAGUGGCCAGGAUAUGCAGUGAGGAGUUGGCGUGCCUGCUCAUGGACUUUGGAGCAGACACCAGGGCCAAGAAUGCUGAAGGCAAACGUCCAGUGGAGCUGGUGCCUCCAGAGAGCCCUCUGACCCAGCUCUUCUUAGAGAGAGAAGGGCCCCCUUCUUUGAUGCAGUUAUGCCGCCUGAGAAUCCGGAAGUGCUUUGGCAUCCAGCAGCAUCAUAAGAUAACUGGACUCCUUCUCCCGGAGGAGCUGAAACGAUUCCUUCUACACCUUUAAUUGAGUCAAAGGAACAGAUUCAAAAACAACAGAUAAACAUUGAAUAUUGUAGCCACUGGAAUUUAAAAUAAAGUUAGGUUUAUAGUG